CCCGCGAAAUCGUAAACAAAGUUCGGUCGAUGAUUUUUUUUGUGAAUUUUCCUCCAAAAACCGUUUUCCAAGAUGCCCAAACGCAAUGUGGCCUUCAUUAAACCGGAGGAACCGAGUUUUCUCAAGAAAAUCAAAGAACAAAUCGGCUACAGGGAGGGCCCGUCGAUAGAGGACAAGCGCGAAGCAAUAGAAAACUAUGAAGAUUCGGACGAGGAAGAGAAUGAUGAUGAAAAACCGCAAGUGGUGGUCAUCAAGGACGGCGAUCUGACCGCAGAAGAAGCCGCCAAAGCGUUUCAGGAGGAAAGCGAAAAGCCCGCCGAUUUAAACCAAAAGAUUGUCUUUAAAUCGAAAAAGUCGAAAGAAGAUAAAACGGACGAAAAGCCGAGGCCUGAGCAUAAGGCGGAUAAGAAGACGAAAAAAGCGCGGAGGAAAGAGCAACAGAGCAAACUAUCAUUUAACGAAGAUGACGAAGAAGAUAAUUAGAUUAAAGACGGAUAAGUUUUACAAAUAAAUAAGAAAAGUGCUCCAUAAAACC